UUAGUUUGACACUAUGCUACAGAUCAAAGUAGCAUCGGCUGCUAAUGCGCUGCGCUCUGAGUGUGGGCGUUUGUUUAUCACUAUUUGAGCUCACUACAUUCAGUUGUGUUUCACUUACAGUAGACCAUAUCAUAGGUUUGGCCGCUGGAGGUCAUGGCUACUCCCGAGAACUUCGGUGAGGUGCGAGACCGGCCGGAGCCUUCCUUCCCCCGGGAUGGCAGCCCGAGCUCCGUGGACACAGACACGGCUGUCAUCUUGCUCGGAGCCGGAGUCACAGCACUCACACAUCCGCUGCUCUAUGUCAAACUCCUCAUACAGGUGGGACAUGAGCCUCUGCCCCCUACAGUGGGUACCACCAUGUUUGGAAGGAAGGUGUUGUACCUGCCUGGCUUCUUCUCUUAUGCACAGCACAUUGUGCGCAUCGAUGGGAAGAGUGGGCUUUUCAGGGGUCUUUCCCCCCGGAUUGUGUCCAGUGCCAUAUCCACUGUGGUGCGCAGCAGGGUCAAACAGGCUAUCCCAGCCAAGGAGGCAGAGAGCAUGCCCACCAGAGACGACCUAAAGACAUCACUAAGGAAAGUGAUGAGAGAGACCUCCCAGGAGAUGAUAGUGCAGUGCCUGUCCAGGAUAGCAACUCACCCCUUCCACGUGAUCUCUGUGCGCUGCAUGGCCCAGUUUGUGGGGCGGGAGGUCAAAUACAGGGGUCUGUUCAGCAGUAUCAUGAAGAUCUUCCAGGAGGAGGGUCUCAGCGGCUUCUUUGUAGGUCUGGUGCCCCAUGUUCUAGGAGAGGUCAUGUUCCUGUGGUGCUGUAACCUGCUGGCUCACUUCAUCAAUACCUAUGCAGUGGACGACAGCUUCAGCCAGGCCCCUGCUGUCAGGAGCUACACCAAGUUUGUGAUGGGGAUCGCCGUGAGCGUGCUAACAUAUCCAUUCAUGUUGGUGGCUGAUCUGAUGGCGGUCAACAACUGCGGUCUGGCAGCUGGGUUGCCCCCCCACUCCCCACUCUUCAAGUCCUGGGUCCACUGCUUCAGUCACCUCAGCCAGCAGAGCCAGCUGUUCCGAGGCUCCAGCUUCUUCUUCCGCCGAGUGCCUGUGACCGCCCUGACCACCCUGCCUGUUGAUUAGCCACGCCCACAAACACUGGCCCCGCCCAGCUGAGACGGGCCCGUCCUGUGUCUGGAGAAGCCACACCCUCUCCCUGUGACAUCACCUGAACUCUGACUAAUAACCCAAGGUGCCCUUGACCUUGGCCAUUGACCUUUCAUUGACCUUCACCCUAAUCCUAGCACGUGCUGUGACCCCUUCUCUCAGGAAUAACCCCACAUCUACCGAGUGCCCCUUCUCCUCUCCUCCGUCUCCUCCUCACUCCUUUUUUCUCAUCCUCCUUCUCUUUUUAUUCCUUCAUCUUUAUCUUCAGCCUCUUUCAACUUCUCCUCCUCAUCCCUCUCUCCUCUCCCACUCCCACUUCUCCUCCUCAUCCCUUUCUCCCUCUCUCCUCUCCUCUCCUCCUCCUCUUCUCAUCCCUCUGUCCUCCUCUCCUCCUCCUCUGGUCUCUGUGCGUGUGUGCCAUCUCCAUGCCCUCCCUGCAUCAGUGCCAGUGUACUCCAGUCAUGGGCCAUGCCCGCUGCAGUGCCCUGUAGCGCUAGCGCCCCCCGCUGGUCUGACCUGCAUACAGACCUGCAGGGGUGCGGUGUGGUCCUCUCACAGGUCCUCUCGCAGGGCAGGUUUCUCUUCCAUUUUGUUCUGUUGCUGUAUCGUCUGAUCCGUAACAUGUCAGACUCAAAGUUGCUUUUUAAUGACAUAUUGAUCACAGAGCCACUUCAGUGUGGUCUCCUGUGGACUGGACACAGGCAUCUAACUCGUGAUCAAUCUACCGGCCGUUGCACUAAUUUAUUUAAAUCUUUAUUACUGAAUAUUAUUGAUUUUUCUUCCACAGCUUUAUUUUUGUAUUUAUAGUUUUUAAUAUAACUUUUCAUCACUUAUCACUUUAACAUGUUCAUGCCAAAACUGAUUGUUUAAUCUUCUUUAAAGUUUGUUUGUCUUCUGCUUUGUUUCAUUUCAUGUAGUUUGUGUUGUUGUUGUUGUUGUUGUCUUCCUGUGUAGCGCACAGCAUGUCCUGCGGUGGUCUGGGUCUGUCCCAGGUCCUGUGUGCCCAGAGCAGGUCACUGUGGUUUCAGUUCUCGUUCCACAACCCACAUCAUUCCCCACGCCAACACUAACUCUGGUUUAGCCCUGGCCUGCUACUGGUCUUAAUCUAGCUCUGGUUUAGCCCUGGCCUGCUACUGGUCUUAAUCUAGCUCUGGUUUAGCCCUGGCCUGCUACUGGUCUUAAUCUAGCUCUGGUUUAGCCCUGGCCUGCUACUGGUCUUAAUCUAGCUCUGGUUUAGACCUGGCCUGCUACUGGUCUUAAUCUAGCUCUGGUUUAGCCCUUGCCUGCUACUGGUCUUAAUCUAGCUCUGGUUUAGACCUGGCCUGCUACUGGUCUUAAUCUAGCUCUGGUUUAGCCCUGGCCUGCUACUGGUCUUAAUCUAGCUCUGGUUUAGCCCUGGCCUGCUACUGGUCUUAAUCUAGCUCUGGUCUGGAUUUGAUGUGGUCUAGAUCUUCCCCCUUGCCUCUUGGCCUGUCUUGGUCUGCCCCAGGUGUGUCCCAGGUCUGCCCCAGAUUUGGAUGCCUUAUGGCUCUGCAGCUGUAGAUGCUUUGACCAGCACCAGUGAUGUUUAAAUGAGUCUGAUCUGUGAGUGUGAGGACAUGAUAGUGUGGACAUAUCGGCCUGGUGUGGACAUAUCUACCUGAUGCGAGGUGGACAUAUCUACCUGAUGUGGACAUAUCUACCUGAUGUGAGGUGGACAUAUCUACCUGAUGUGGACAUAUCUACCUGAGGUGGACAUAUCUACCUGAUGUGAGGUGGACAUAUCUACCUGAUGUGGACAUAUCUACCUGAUGUGAGGUGGACAUAUCUACCUGAUGUGGACAUAUCUACCUGAGGUGGACAUAUCUACCUUGCAUCUAUGCUCACAGAGCUAUACUCUCUGUGACCCUAUAUCGUGGUGUGGUUUCCACAGGGCAGGCGUGACCAGGUGAUGGUCCUUUAGUAGAGUUCUGUGAGUGUGUGUCCCCAUAUCUAGCUAAUAUUAAUGCUCACUGCAUCCUCAUAUGAUGGGAUGGUUACUGCAGUGCUCAAAUGAGGAGGUGAUGAUCCUUUAGUAGAGUUCCUCUCAGAGCCUUCAUUGAUCGUCUCCUCUGUCUCCUGACCACCAGCCCCUUCCCACUACCCUGCAGAGGAACACACCCUGGAGCAGAUCUGGGGCCAGUUUUACGGUGUGAUCACACACAGAUCACAGCCAGAUCUGGGUCCAGAUUACGAUGUGAUCACACACAGAUUACAGCCUGACUGGGGCCAGAUUACGGUGUGAUCAUGAUCGUGCAUUAGGGCCAGAAGCGUGCCUGGCCAUGGCUGUCAUCUCCUCCUGUUCUGGGAAGUGUGUGUGUUGGAGAAAGGGAGUGGUGGGGAGUGGGGGUUCCCCUUCAGCCCAAACGAGAUUAAACUGAAUCACAUUUGUCCAGUUUAGUCUUGGGGUCUCUCCUCACGUGUCACUGAAAUGUUCAUCAAAGUGACGACUGAUUGACAGGGAAUGACUGACAACCAGAUAGCAUGUACGGAUGUGCCAUUAACCUCCAAAUGUACCUGAUGAAGCCAUUAAACGCUUCACACACACACACACACACACACACACACACACACACACACACACACACACACACACACACACACACACACCAUCUUCCUCUGAUGAAGCCAUUAAACGCUUCGCACACACACACACACACACACACACACACACACACACACACACACACACACACACACGCUACAUACACACACACCAUCUUCUUCUGAUGAAGCCAUAAAACGCUUUGCACACACACACGCUAGACACACACACACACACACCAUCUUCCUCUGAUGAAGCCAUUAAACGCUUCGAGACACACACACGCUACACACACACACACACACACACACACCAUCUUCCUCUGAUGAAGCCAUUAAAUGCUUCGAGACACACACACGCUACACACACACACACACACACCAUCUUCCUCUGAUGAAGCCAUUAAACACUUUGUUUGCCAUUCUUGGCAGUUAUUCUCACCUCCUCAGAGGCUGCUGCAUGCAUACUGAACACCUGCGUGUGUGUGUGUGUGUGUGUGUGUGUGUGUAGGUCAACCUGAGUCAGGGGAGUCCUGGGUUGGGGUUGCCGUCGUAGUUCAGCAGAGUUUAGUGAAAUUUACUGUAAAUUAUUAUUAUUUUCUGUUGCUGGUGUCCUCAUCCUACCAUAAGUGUCCAUGUGUGGCAUAGUUGAAGGUGUUUACCCCCCUGAUGUUAGCCCUGAUGCCCCUCAUGCCCAUGAUGCCCCUGAGGUCAGCCCUGAUACCCCUGAUACCCCUUGGGUCAGCCCUUGCACCAUCGUGGCAGGUCACUGUAAGGUCACUUGCCAGGUGGUGUUGAUGUCAUGCAGUGUGUCAUCAUCUAUCAGAAGUGUGUCCUGGUGCACUAUGUCCUCCUCGCCUUGUGUUCAGAUUUCAUAAAGAGAAGAACCUGACCUGAA